UCAUAAGCUAAAAAUGACAACUCAUUUCUCCACUCUCUUGACAAAAACAGAACGCCAAACAUUUUUGAUCAUUUAAACCUUUCAAAAACACAAAUCUCAAGAUCCAACCAAAAAAAGAAGAAAUGUCUCUGUUUCUUCUUCUUCUUCUUCUACUACUCCCAUUCAUCACUCCAUCUUCUCAAUCCUCAAUCCGAAACCUUCUUGAAGCUCGUGGUUUACCAGGUGGGUUGUUUCCCGACAACGUGGAGAGUUACAGUCUAGACGUAAAGACUGGGGAACUCGAAGUUCAGUUACAGAAUCCUUGUUUUGCUCGGUUCGAAAACAGAGUAUACUUUGAUAGUGUGAUUAAAGCAAAUCUUAGCUAUGGUGGGCUUGUUGGGCUUCAAGGUUUAACACAAGAAGAGCUUUUUCUUUGGUUGCCAGUCAAAGGCAUUGCAGUGAAUGAUUCUACUUCUGGACUUGUUCUUUUUGAUAUUGGUGUUGCUCAUAAACAAAUCUCUCGCUCUCUCUUUGAAGAUCCUCCUGUUUGCUAUCCUCCUGGAUCAAUUAUGGAGAACAUAGAGAAGAGGAAGAUGGAUAUUCAACUCCAGAGAUAAGAGAGCUUCUUUUGGGGUGUAUGACAUUCAAAACUUAAAUCUUCUCUGUGAAACGUGAAAGAAAGAUGUACUUCUUUUUUUUUGAGGGGGGCUGGGCUGUUUUGUGAAAACUGAAAUAUGGGAGAAAUUAUGUAAAAUCAGGAAAGAAGAGAGGAAAUUUUGGAACUUUGUAUAAACUAUGGGGUCCACAAAGUAAUCAAUUUUGUCACUUGUCUC